AGCUGCGCAAGGAUAUCGCGCAUGUGCAGUUUGUCUAACUCGCCAAUAUUUUUUACAAAUCACGGAAUUACUCCAUGUUACAAAUAUAUAAUUAAAUCGCGACUGUUGUUUAUUACUCUGACUCGCGAAGCAAUGAAAUGUUCUUGCACGACUGUGAUUUAUUUAGUUCAAAAAUGGGGUUAUAUCUAAAUUUGCAAAAAACAGCUGUUGGAAAAAAUAAAUGUAUUUAGGUAUAAGCUGAUGUGCAGGGCAAGUACGCAUGAAUUGACAAAAGGUGACCACUUGAAAACGCGCCUUUGUGUUUACUUAUAUUAUUUUUAGAUACAUAUUGUAUGUAUACUUAUAUUUGUCUCUAUUUUUUUUUUCGCUGAUUUGAAAAUCUGUGAACGCAUAAAGUGAAAUGGUAUAAGUUUGGAGCAAUUCUUUUUUUAGCAAGAAAUGUGAAAGUCGCCUGGAUUAAAAUCUGUUGUUAGGUAAUUUUGUGCAAGUGAUCACGUGACUAUGUCACGUGACCAAUAAGUAUAUUGGACAACCUAUACUAGUCGCAGAAUCAGUAGUAUUUUCCGUGAAUAAAGAAACAAAUGGCAUCUUGUACAGCUGAUACUUUGGAAUGGCAGAACAAAAGUAAUUUAGUAGCGUCAAGUAAACGUUUGGCAAGUGCGAUGUUUUCUUUGUGAAAAUUCAAAAAAGAAAUGACUUUAAAAUGCCUGUUGAUAUUAAUCGCUUGACUGAGGGUUGGCUGGAACUUGAAAGUGAUCCAGGUUUAUUUACCCUCCUUUUGGAAGAUUUUGGAGUGAAAGGAGUUCAAGUAGAAGAGAUUUAUGAUUUACAAAAAUCUCUUGAAGGUCCUGUCUAUGGCUUUAUAUUUCUAUUUCGAUGGAUAGAAGAGAGACGGUCUCGACGUAAAGUUGUUGAACAGGAUGAAAGCUUUGUCAAAGAUGAAGAUGUUGUCAACAACAUAUUCUUUGCACAACAGGUUGUCCCAAACAGUUGUGCAACCCAUGCAUUACUUUCUGUUUUACUUAACUGUCCCAGUAUUCAUUUGGGUACGACAUUGUCUCGUCUAAAGGUACAUACAACUGGAAUGUGUCCAGAAAACAAGGGCUGGGCCAUUGGAAACACACCAGAGUUAGCAUGUGCUCACAACUCCCAUGCAAUGCCUCAAGCAAAAAGGCGUCAAGAAAAAAACACAGCAGGUGUAUCUACUGGUAGAUUCACUGGUGAAGCCUUUCAUUUUGUUAGUUAUGUACCUAUUAAUGGUCGACUUUUUGAAUUGGAUGGUCUUAAGCCCUACCCUGUAGAUCAUGGCCCAUGGGAAGAGCAUGAAGAAUGGACAGAGCAGUUCAGAAGAGUCAUAACUGAUCGUUUGGGAAUAUCAACGGGAGAACAGUUACAAGAUAUAAGGUUUAAUUUAAUGGCUGUUGUACCAGAUAGAAGACUUGCUAUCUCUCAUAAAUUAACAAUGUUGAAGACAAACAGACAAAUAGUUCUAGAAGCUUUACAACAACUUGUCAAGCUAACAAAUCAAACAAACUCAGAAAAUCAUAAUAAUAAAAAUAAUAGUAGUAAUAAUAGUAUUAGUAAUAAUAGUAAUAGUACUGACAAUGAAAAGUCAGAAAAAUCAAAUGAAAAAAAAGAAAAGACUGAAGAUGAAAAUAGCACUGUAGUAAAAAAUGAAACUGAAGGUACAAAUCCCAUACCCGUCAUUAGUGUAGAAAGAUGCAAUGACACGACAAAUGAAAAUGAAGAGGCUUCCAAUUCUAAUGCAAAACCAUCGACAAGUGGCAUUGAAAAAGUAGUCAACGUUACAGCUCUUGAUUAUGCGACUCCUCUUCAGAUCCAAACAUCACCAGCUCAUAGUUCAUCAAGCACUGACACAUCAUCUGAAAUAGGUUCUGCUUUCAAUUCACCAACGCAAGCAUGGGGAUGGAAUUCAGGACAAAUUAGCCCUACAUCUACAAAAGAUUUCAAAAAAUUCGUUGUGAUCAGAGUGGCAGGGGAUGAAAAAAAUGAUAACAGCUUGAGUCGUUCCUUGAAUAAUAUUAAUAUUAAUGGCAAAAGGCUUGUAACCGAUAAUAAUCAAUUGAACAAGAAAGUCUGUUUGUCUGGUGAAGUGAGGAUUCCACAUGCAAGAGUAAAAACUAGUAACGGAGAUACAGUUACUGAAGAGAAAAAAGUUGAAAAGAUUGAUCCCAAACUUUGUUCUAAAUAUCCAGAACUUUUUGAACCGCAUACUUUUGCUCCAAAAGAUUUAUUAGCAUUAUUGAAAAAUUUAGAACACGAAAUCGGUAUCUGCGAGACUGCUUUAAAAGACGAAAACGAUAAACGCAACAAAUACAAGAUUGACGACUGCAGAAGGACUCACAAUUAUGACGAAUUCAUCUGUACAUUUUUAUCCAUGUUAGCACAACAGGGGAAAUUAGCUGAGCUAAUACAACAGCAUUUGCAACUGAAGAAACAGCCUACUGUGUCAGUCAGUAGAGUACACAGUAGAACGUCAAAGAAAACCGAGUCAUCUAAAUGUGCAUCUUCAGCACCUAGAAGACGAAAGGGAAGAACAAAAUGCAAAAGACGAAAGUAAACAUCCAAAACAACAUAGCUUUAAUGUUAAAAUGAAGUCUUUGAGUACCUUUGAAGUUCAUACGAUUUCACGUAUUAGUUUUACGUAGGACGUAUAUGCUUCUCAAUACUUGCUUAACUCUUUGUUGAAAUUGAUUUAUUUUAAUAAUUUUUAUUUGUACAAAGUAACUUAAAAAUAGAUUGUGAAAGUGGCAAAUUAUAAAUAAGAUAACAUAUAUUGUUAUUUUUAAUUCACAAUAAUACCCAGUUUACAAAUCAUCAUUAAAUAAAAUUAGAAUUUUUGUAAGAAUCUCUAAGUGAGUUUUUAUUGCUUAGGGUCUACAACAUUAAAAACAAUUUCUAUAGUCACUCAUAUAAUAUAUAUAUAUAUAUAUAGAUAUUUACAUUUCAUUUGAAAGAAAGUACUUGUUUAUCUUUAACUCUAAAAUUUACGUGUCAUCUAAUAAGUCUUAUUAUCUUGUAACGUCACAAUGUUUUGAGUUUAUAGUGGGCUAGGUGGUAUAAUUUUAUAUUCCUACAUAACUAAGGAUGUUGUUAGAUACAACAAACGUUGAAAAAAUAAUGUAUUUUGUACAUUGUAAUAAUAAAUAAAGUAAAACUGAUCUUCUAAAUUAAAA